AUGCCUCAAAAAGUAGCAAAUCGACCGUGCCGGGAUCCUCGAGGCAGAGAUUUUUACCGCAUCAAGGUCUACACCAGGAACGCGCGCGGCAUAAGGGGACACGUGGAGGCAUACGUGGCCGCCUUCGACAAGCACUGGAAUCUCGCGCUAGAGGACUGCUUCGAAGUCUGGUCCCGCAAAGUCAAGAGGAAAGCGCCCGCUCUCGGUGCUGAUGCAGUCAAGGUAGAGGCGGCAGAAAACGGUAUCCCCAAGACGGUGGUAAGGAAGGAGCGAAAAACGGAGACCUUGGAGAGACACGUGCCACAGAUGCUGCUGAGGGGAGAACAAGUCGCUAUAAUCAUCAAAAUCAAUUGACUAUUGCCUUAAGGGCCGUUCCAAGCACGUGCGCCCAAUUGUAUAGCCAAUAUAACAACAAUUUUUCUGUUAUCUAUCAUCCGUUAUUUAUUCCUUUAUGUUAAAGCUUAUACGAGUAUUGUAUGACAAAUAUCUCAUGCAAAAAAGUUCAUUCGCGCAUGAAAUCCUCCUAGAUUGUACGAUUUCCUCACCUCGAAAUUUAAUAAUCGAAUAGCAAACGCCAGUAUCAUCUGGUUAUGCAGCUGCAUUGUGAUCUGCAUAAUUGAAAUUUUCACUCGAGCGAUCCAUUUGUUACUCCUCGCUUUCUUCUUCGACACGAUAUAUCUGUAUAAUAUUUGUAAUAAAAAAAAAUUGUAAAUUUUUUUUUCCAAAAAUACGUAAUAUAAUAAAAUUUGAUGUUUCUCUUU